CUUACCAGUCCCACCGCCGCCCACAAGCGAAGUCAGUAUCAUGGUGGUGUUCGGGAAGUUAGGAUGUUAUCUCAAGUGGUACUAGGUGUGGUUCUGAGCGCCAUCGUCCUGAGUGGGAACAGUCAGGACUUCGUUCCCGUGGACAUCCUCCUCCAUGGCUUCAUGGAUAAACUGCAAUACAACAUCACCACGACCUUGGAAGAACCGACGGAGGAAGCCAUGAGGUUCAUGGAUCAGCAGCGGAAUGUCAUGAGCGAGAUUUUAAGGAAGUUGGACAACAUAGAAAACGAGCUGCUCUCGCUACAAGAGUGUUGCAAGCACAACCAAGAGAGUAUGGAAUGGUCUAAGGGUCUCUGCUCGAGAGUUCAUGUUUUAGCCGCCAGGACGUGCCCUCGCGGUUGGCAUACGUUUAACAACUCGUGCUAUUACAUCAGCAAUACGCCUGGAACCUGGAAGGAUGGGCUGGGAUACUGCAGGAGCAUAGGUGCGGACUACGUCCAGAUUUCCAGCUUUGCCGAAUGGGACUUCGUCUCCGGUCUGAUAGAAGAGAAGACGUGGCUAGGUCUCAACGAUCAGGACGAAGAGGGCACCUUCAGGUGGAGUUCUGACAAGAGCCUUCCUCAGUAUAACAAAUGGAUGUCUGGCGAACCCAACGACUAUUAUGGAGACGAAGACUGCGUCAUCUCUCACCCUUACUACGACAAUCACUGGAAUGACAUCAACUGCGAUUCUGAGUACAAAUUUGCCUGCGAGGUGACCCUUGAAACAAUGUACAGCUGAAGAACGUUCUUCGGAUUACCUAGAAAAUAUUAAACUCUACUUGAUUGUUCAUUUUUUCAAACUUAUCCUGAAUUCAUGUCUAAAAAAGAUUGGGAAAAUAGAAGAUGAAGGAGCAAUCUGAUAAUGGUUUUACUUUGGCUGUGUAAGGUUACCAAAUAAAGGUCCGCUUUUU